AUGUCUGCAAACGGCGGUGAAGGCGGGGAGUUCAAGCCGAUCAAGGAGAAGCAAAUGCAGGACCUGCCAGGGACUGAGGAGUCGAUGAAGCCGACCAGCGAGUCCACGAAACUCGAAGGUUCAGAAGGUUUCGUUGAAUAUGCCGCAGCUGGCAAGCUGAAGGGCAAGAAGGCUUUGAUCACUGGAGGAGAUUCUGGUAUCGGCCGUGCAGUCGCCAUUCUUUUCGCGCGGGAAGGUGCCGACGUGUCUAUCGUGUACCUGCCAGAGGAGCAAAAGGACGCCGAAGGAACCAAGAAGGCCGUCGAGAAAGAGGGCAAGGAGUGUCUCCUCAUCCCUGGCAACUUGAUGGACAUCAACACCUGCAAGGACGCAGUUCAGAAGCAUAUGGACAAGUUCGGGCAACUCAAUAUCCUCGUCAACAACGCAUCGAAGCAGAUGAUGUGCCAGGACUUCGCAGAGAUCGAUCUGGAAAAUGUGGAGAGCACUUUCCGGAGCAACAUUCUUCAGAUGUUCGCUGUGACCAAGUUCGCCCUCCCGCAUCUGAAGAAGGGCUCGUCGAUCAUUAACACCACAUCCACUGUGGCUUUCCGUGGCUCUGCCGCCAUGGUCGAUUAUUCUUCGUCCAAGGGAGCCAUCGUCUCUUUCACACGGGCGCUGGCGAAGAAUCUUACUCCAAAGGGCAUCCGAGUCAAUGCUGUCGCGCCAGGCCCUGUGCAUACGCCACUUCAGCCGGCUUCCAGGCCUGCCGAACAGAUGGAAGGGUUUGGUGAAAAUUCGCAGAUAGGCAGACCAGGUCAACCCAGCGAGAUUGCGCCGAGUUUUGUCUUCUUGGCUUCGAAGGAUAGUGAGCUGUACUAUGGUCAAAUUCUGAUGGCACAUCCGCUGGGAGAUUGA